GAGGAUUUUUCACUGAAGGACAAGCUCAGAAAAUCAGAGGAAUACAGUGUUUAAUUGCUGAAGGGGAGACCAUAGCUUGAGGCUGGUGCUGAAUUGUCUGCGGUGGUUCCAAGUGGCUCUGCACAGGAUGGCUGUGACCUCUCGGCUGGCUUGUCUCUUGGCUUGUUUGCAGUGUCUGUGGAGCCCAGCUGAUGGUGGGAAGCUGUUGGUUAUUCCUGUUGAUGGGAGCCACUGGCUAAGUAUAAAACUCAUAGUGGAGGAGAUCCAUGGCAGAGGACAUCAGGUAGUUAUCGUGAAACCUGAAAAUAGCUUGCUGAUCAAGACUCCGCUUCACUACACCACCAUAUCCUUUCCCGUUUCCUACAGCAAAGCUGAGGUGGACGAGCUAUAUGUAAGCCUCAUACAGAUGGCUUUUUAUGAUGGGACAUUUUACCAAAAGCUUAGCCAAACCCUGCAACAUGUGGAUAAAAUCAGGCAGUACUUCCUUCGCAUCUGUGAAGAUCUCUUGUUUAACACCAGGCUUCUAGAGGAGCUGGCCAAAGAGCAUUUUGACGCUUUGCUGACUGAUCCUUUCAGCCCGUGUGGUGCCAUUGUUGCGGAGUAUCUCUCCCUGCCCACGGUCAACCUGCUGCGAGGACUCCCUUGUGGUUUGGACAAUUCAGCCACACAAUGCCCCAGGCCGCUCUCCUACGUGCCGAGAAUUUUCACCGGGAACACCGACCGAAUGACUUUCCUCCAAAGGACUCUGAACGUGCUGGCCAAUUUUGCCGAGUCGCUAUUGUGCCACUUCAUCUACUCCCCUUUCGAGGAGCUGGCCCAGAGGUUCCUGCAGAGAGAUGUGACCCUGGUCCAACUGCUGAGUAAGGCCUCCAUCUGGCUGAUGCGUUACGACUUCACCAUUGAGUACCCAAAGCCCCUCAUGCCAAAUAUGGUGCUAGUGGGUGGCAUCAACUGCCAGGAGAGGAAACCUUUAUCACAGAUGGUGCACUGGCAAUGCCACCCUGCCAAAUAUGGCAACCUUCAUUGGCGCUCUCCACAAGAGGGCAGCUGGAAUGUACAUGAAGCCUGGCGACCAGAUGCACAUCCCAAAACGCGAGCUUUUCUGACCCAUGGAGGGUCGCAUGGAGUCUAUGAGGCUAUCUGCAGUGCUGUUCCAAUGCUAUUAUUGCCCUUGUUCUCGGACCAGAUAGAAAAUGCAGAACGUUUGAAGGUUCAAGGAGUUGGUGUAGUCAUGAGUUUGAAAGAUCUCAGCUCUCAGGGUCUAGUCGAAGCCUUGAACACAGUCAUCAAUGAUACCAGAUACAAGGAAGUCAUCACCAAGAUGUCUUCCCUCUACAAGGAUCGGCCAGUGCAGCCCCUGGAGAUCUCUGCCUACUGGGUGGAGUUUGUGAUGAGGCACAGAGGAGCUGAGCAUUUACAAGCUGCCGCUCACGACUACAACUGGAUCCAGUACCAUUGCCUGGAUGUCAUUGGAACUCUUGCUGCUGUGGUCUUUCUGUUCUUCUGCUUGGUGUUCAAGUGCUGCUUGUUCUGUCUACGCAGGGCAAAAGGUCGAGCAAAGAGGAAGUGUGACUAAUGUACCUUUUUUUCAAAAACAAAGUGAGCCUUCUUCAGAGUGCCUGAUAAUCCAAUGGAUAUAUUGUCACAGUUGUGUGUGUGUGGGGGGCAAUGGAGAUGAGCCCCACCAUUGCUCCCUGCCGACUGAAUCCACCAGCGUUCAGCCAUUCUGUUUCCCAUAGGACCAUGCGGUCUCCUGGAAGUCAACACACUGCUCACCUCCUGGCUGCAGUUGAUAUGAAAUUAAGCAGCUCAACAUUUCUGUUUCGGAAGAAAGAAUGAAUGAAUUAGUAUCCUCCACUUCAUUCAAAAUCAGCUUGAUGCAAAUGAUUGUAUUGCCUUGAUUAAAUGACAACUUUUGUAAGCAACCUUUUCUCUUUUGAUAAGAUUUCCUUAGGCAAAUUGUACACUCCCAAGUUUUAGAAAAGGUAAUUAAUUUAGGUCCUUCCUUCCUAACAGCACACUGUAAGUAUAUUGACAUCCCUUGGACUGCAGCAGUUCAGCUCACCACCACCUUCAAGGGCAAUUCAACAAUAAAUGCUGGUCCAGCUAUGAAUCCCCACAUUCUGUAAACAAAUAGAAGUCCUUUACAUGACAAACAAUAAAUACUUAUUUACCUUGACUGGAUGAUUGAAAAACCUCACACGCAUUUUGGCAGAUUCUGUUGUCUUCUGUCAGCCUGGCCAAGUCACCUCACAGUGAUAGCCCAAAGUUUGUCUGUCACAAGUCAUGGUCCCUUUGUUAAUAUGCCAGUUCGGAUCCUCUGUGAUGUGCAUAACUCAUUUGGCAGCACUCUCACCUCUGCACCAUGGCUUCACCCUUGGGCAUCCCAGCUGAUAUUUAUCCCUCCAGCAACAUCACUCCAAUAGACCAGCUGCCACUAACUCACUGCUGUUUGGGAGAACUUGCUGAAACUCGUAACUUUAAUGUGUUUAAUGCAUUGCAAAAAUAGGAAAUAAACUGAAGGACAUACAAUAUGGUGUGGAACUAAAUAGGUUGGUAGCACCCAUCUUGUUUAAUUUUAUGUACAAUAAAGAUUGUUUUGUUUGGCAAACUA